AUGCUCUUUGCAGUGAUACUGUCGUUAUCCCUUAUACCUUGCCUCUACGCUCAGUUCUUCAACCCAGUUCAAAGAAGAGAGGUUUGGCGGAUCGGAGAACAAAAAAUUAUCACGUACAACACAAAGUUCAGAAACUACACAAUAGCGCUUUGGCAACAGUCCCUGGUGGCUGAUGCCGCGACCAUUGGAGACAUUUUAUUCUCCAUUCAGGAUGGCUCUGGUCCCGCCAAAGAGCUCACAUGGACAGUCGAGACGAACAACUUGGACUUGGACUCGUCCAAUGUCUUCUUCCUCUGGCUAUUCGAAGGCGAUCUGUCUCAUCAGGGAAACUUUGAUUUUCAACAAAUGUCCUCGGCCUAUUUCAAUAUUACAGACGAGCUUCCAAUUCCCAAAGUGACCUUAACAUCAAUAGUAGACACAACCUCGAUGACCCAGACCUCCGAGCUCCCAACAAGCACACAACUUCCUCCUUCUGAAUCUUCAGCAGAAACAUCGACCCAACAAACCACUAUCGACGGCGGAAAGACCGUGUCUACUGGCACACCGACAGCCAGUGCCAGCCAGGGUAGCAGAGCUGAGCCUUCUGGAGGCCUGCCUGUUGGAGCGCAGGCUGGGAUUGGAGUUGGCGUCGGUAUCAUCGGAAUCACUUGUGUCAUCUGCGCCAUCACCUGGUGCAGAUAUCUGAGGAAGCAUCAAAAGGCUCUUCACGAUCUGCAAGAGAUGGCGUUGUCGCAGCCUCCUGCGUAUACUCAUGGCUCUGCAGGGGCAGCACCGGCAACAGUUGAAGCACACCAGUCACCAGUGAGGUCGAAUGGCUAUUACAUCAGUCCGAAGCCUGUUGAGAUCGCCUGA